UUUGCGAUAUAAAUGGAAUUGAAAAUUUCCCCAUCAAGUUAUUCCACGUUUUUAUAAGUUCAAACAUAAUAUUUUACACCAAUAUAUAGUCAAACUUGUUACAUAUUCAUAGUACCAACACAUAAACAUAGACCUAAUGGCUUGUCCCUGCUAAAACAAUUGCAAAAUGGCGGCGACGAGUGUUGACGUGUCUGACGUGACGGACCAGGUGCCGUUGGACGUGGAGGGGGACAUCACCGUCCCCGGGGCGCCUCCCGAGAUGGACGAGGACGACUUCUCCACGCUAGACGAGCCGGUGAAGGACACCAUUCUCAGAGAUCUGAAGGCAGUAGGGAAGAAGUUUGUCCACGUGUUGAACCCACUGAAAGGAAGCCGGUCGUUACUGAGAGAGUGGGACCUGUGGGGACCGCUGGUGCUGUGUGUCAUGGUGGCACUCUUACUACAGGGGGACAACGCAGCAGACACCGGAGCUCCGCAGUUCGCUGAGGUGUUUGUGAUCCUGUGGGUGGGUGCUGUGGUAGUGACCUUGAACUCCCAGCUGCUUGGAGGUCAGCUGUCGUUCUUCCAGAGUGUGUGUGUCCUGGGCUACUGCGUCCUCCCUCUCAGCAUCGCGCUCAUCGUGUGCAGAAUUAUCCUGGCAGCCACCGCUACACAGACUAUCGUUUUGUUCGCCAUACGUUUUGUAACCGUGCUCCUUGGGUUCGCCUGGUCGACCUUCGCAGCCAUGGCCUUCCUGGGAGACAGCCAACCAGUCAACAGAAAAGCUCUGGCAGUUUAUCCAAUCUUCUUGUUUUACUUUAUCAUCAGCUGGAUGAUAAUAUCACAUACACACUCAGACACCUAGUGUUCAGACUAAAGUGAGAUUUUAGACAGAAACAGUCUAGUUUUGGUCCUUAUUGAUACUAAUUAUGGUUGAUGGCUUUCUUUCUGAAGAACACUCUAGUCAAAGGGUAGCUAGAUGCUAAGAAGUAAAGUUGAUGGGCUUUUUAUUAUUGGUCAAUACUAGUAAUUCAACUUGAUUUCCAACAAGUUAUUUCAUAUUCAUAGGUAGUAAAGUUUGUUUUUGUAUUAUGUUGUGUCUUCUGUGCCAUGACUGGAAAGAAAGCCUGUAAUGGUGACAAGGAAUUUAUAUAUUGAAGGGUAUGUGUAUAUAUAGAUGUUAAAAUUACACUUUAUAAGAGGUAUUAAAAGGAUGUAAUUCUUUCAUCAGAAGAGGCAGACCACAAGGUGACUUGUUAUUUUGUGUAUUGAUCAAAAUUUUAUUUAUUUCAAAGUUGGGCUUAAGUCAUGUAAUAAGGAGUUGACUUUUCAACCAUAUCAUGUAUUGUUUUGUCAAUUUGCUAGAUUGUAAAGCGUUUUUUUUUGGUGUGCACAUGAAGAUAUGGCACAUGGAUUUGUUAUUACAUAUAAGAGAAUAUCUGAGUAUUUAUAGACUAAGUCAUUGUUGAAGGUCAGAUCUCAAGAAUCAGAGAUUCAAGUUAUUGUACAAUCAGGUAUAUAUGCAAUCAUAUGAUAACGUUUUGCUGCUGGAAAAGGGAUAUACUUGUUACAGUUAAAGAUACCACCUACUGUGAAGUCAUCAUUACUGUAUGAAUAAAUGUCAUGCCUGUAUGGAUGAUACACCAAAUACAUUUGUACAACUAAGCCUUUCUGUUGUACCCAUUGCA